AUGGUGGUUGUUCUUGUGAAAAGGCGCAAAAUCGUGGUUGUACAAUUUCGCUAUAUCGAGGCAUGUUUAUGUAUCAUUUGGGGUUGGGGCAGGCUUGGGUGGCUAGGUUGGUGGUUGGUUACAAGGUGGUGGUGGUUUGCUGGGGUUGGGAGGGGUUGGGACUGUUGGUGGGCGUCGGGGUUGGGAGGAGGAAUGGAGAAAGAUGUUUUACUUUUAUUUUAA